AUGCUGGACUCCUCUUUCAGCAUCGCUUAUAUGAAGGAGGAUCCUCGGGCUCCCGGAGGGAAGGUACUCUGGUUCAAGGGUCUUCUUGUUCAGCUCUUGGAUUACAUUGCUCACAGUAUCAACUUCACGUACAGCUUCGUGACCCCGGCUGACGGGAGUAGUGGAAACAUCAAUAGUGAUGGCAGAUGGUCCGGCAUCGUAGGCAUGGUGAUGAGGGAGGAGGCGGACCUGUCAGGCUCCCCCUUAACAGUAACAGCCAGCAGAAGUCAGGUGUUGGACAUGACGAUGCCGGUGAUGUGGAGUUAUCUGACUUUUGUAGGCUCGCUAGGAAGACCAGAGAUAGACCCUUGGGGUUUCGUGCUGCCUUUCACCCCCGUGUUGUGGCUGAUAGUCUUCGUCUCUAUGUUCAUCAUGAUGGCUACAAUGCUCGCUUUAUCUUCGUUUCCUUCCAUUAUGAGUCCAGGCAGAAAAACAUGGCUGGAUAAAUCACUUAACUUCCUGAAGAUACUCCUUCAACAGGAUUUCAGAAUGGUUGGAUUGUGGUGGUGGGAGCGAGUGUUGUGGCUCGUGUGGUUGUUGGUUAACCUCUUACUGUCACGGAGCUACUGUGGUAACCUCAUGUCAUACCUGGCAGUCAGGUACAUACCAAAACAUUUCCCAACAUUGCAAGACUUUCUGGAUGAUCCAUCAGCAAAGUUAAUCUGGCAGCGAGACUCAUCCACCGAAGAGUACAUCCGCUCCAGGAGUAACACUCUGCUGGAUGAGUUGGCAGACCUGGAGAACAAAGGUCGUGUAGUUCGUAAGUCAGUGACCGAACUGGAAAACAGUAUUGAACAGCUAGUGAAGCCUGGAACACACUUGCUUCUCUUCUUCGAUGAAUUCUUGUUUGAUUUCCUAGGGGAUGAGUUCUCCAAAUCAGAUAAUGUGGAUAGACUAGCAUUACUGAGAGGAGCUGUGACUGCUGUGCUGGAAGCAGCAUCACAGCAGCGCUGUUCUCUCAUCCUCUUCACUGAUGGUGCCACAAUUCUUUCCUCAGUGCUCAAGGAAGAAAGUCAGCUGUGGUCUCCCUGGGGUGUCGCAGUGUUCCAGGUGGCUGUGCUCGGGCAGGACGCUAACGAAACGCAGACACGGCUUUCACGGGUGGUAGCGCAGGCUCGGUGGCUGCGGCAGGAGUCGUGGUGCGUGACGGUGGUGGUGGUGAGUGACAACGCAGACUUCCUCGCCACCUUCGCUGAGUGUUCCCUCAAGGGCCGCCUCCUGGUGUGGUCGACGAGGCUCCUCGCCGUCACCAGCCUGCCUCUCCUGCAGCUGCAGCAGCUCCUGAGCACCCACUGGACAUUCUCCAUGAUGAAUGCUGCUUUCCUCAACAAGGAUGACAUCAAAGGCUUCAUCAGAUGGUCGUUGUACAUCUAUCAGCCAUACACCGACACGGGAGUACAGACGCACAGAACUGCAUCAUGGACGCCUCGGAGAGGAUUACAGCUGUAUUCCACAUUACCCUUAUUCCCAGAGAAGUACAUGAACUUCCACGGGACAGUGGUGAACGUAACAGCUCUUCCUUAUACACCCCACUGGGUGGAAGAGACGGUCCGGGCAACUGACGGUACACUAACCAAGAAGUACACAGGUAUGGACUACUUACUCCUGGCCACCAUAGCCCACACUCUGAACUUCACUAUCAACGUCCUUCCCACUGACAGCUGGGAUGAGGUUGCGAGGCGGGUGGAGGAGCGUGUAUCAUACAUGGCAACGGUGUUCCACAAUGUGUUGCCACAGCGCCUCGAGAGGUACGAUUUCUCCUUCACGUAUGAAUACGGGUCCCUGGACUUCUGCGCUGCUAAGCCGGCCUUAAAACCACAGUGGCAGUCUCUCUAUUAUCCUCUCUCUGACGGUGUCUGGCUCUCUGUCCUUGCAGCGGUCAUCAUCAUGCCAUUUGUAUUCUAUAUGGUAAAUGUGGUGGGAUGUAUGAGCACCGAUAACAGCAAGACAAGUGUUGUAACUGUCUUCCAGUUAGUGAUAACACCCUUGCUCUCUCAGCCCUUGACUAAAGAGCUCUCGAGCGCCACUUCGAAUCGGCUGUUGCUGGUGACUUGGCUGGUGUUCGCUUUCCUCGUUGGCAACGUCUACAGAGGCAACCUGACAGCCGCUCUCACCCUGCCCAAGUACCCACCCAGAGUGGAAACCGUCGAACAGUUGGUUAAGACUUUCCCUCGAAUUACCAUGCCGCCAUUUGGAGACGAAUUUAUUAAAUUCUUCAAACAGUCGAAUUCGAUUCUGUACAAGUCUCUUGCCGAACAUAUGACGAUCGUCCCCACUGUCAUAGAUGGGUUGCAACAAGCCAAAGACAAAAAGGAGGCACAUGUGGGUGGGCGCCGAUACAUGGAGCAAAUGAUAGCUAGCUACUUCAGCCAGGCAGACGGCACCACUGAUCUGUACGUGGGCAGGGAGAGCAUCCUGCCUGGGAUAUCAGCUUGGCCCAUCCCACACGAUGCUCCCUACACACAACAGAUUAAUCGUCUCAUGAUGGCCGUUGUUGAGGCUGGCUUGUAUGAGAAAUGGAAUCAAGAUAUGCUGACAGCAGCCAGAAAGAAGAGUCGCAUGAAGCAGAGCGAACAAGAGAAGGAAGAUGAUUCACAGCAGCAAGUAACGUCGCUUGGAGACCAGGAUACACAGUCUGACAACAGGAUCGGUGCCCUGAACCUAGUUCACAUGCAAGCUCCUUUUAUAUUGCUGUUGUUGGGUUUUGUUAUUGGUAGUAUUUUGUUUAUUACUGAGGUAACUGCCGGUCUUUGUCACUAGCAUAUAUGCUAGAAUUAGGAGAUUUUUUCUAAGCACAUGUGUUACGUGUGGCAGUAAGAUCAUGCUGUGUUUAUCCAGGAUAUCCACUAGCUACUUUCUUUUCUCACAUAUCCGGCGUUUGUAUGUUCAGCAGACGGUGUUUCGUUGUUCUUUAACUCGGCAGAAUAGCCGUACCUACAUUAGUGUUGCACCUCUUGCUCGGAGUUUCUUGAAAAUGCUCAUCCUUUAUGCUUAAAUUAGAUCUAGUAGCCUCUGUUUUCCAAGAGAAGAGAGAUUAUGGAUUUUGAGUAUUUACAAGGUUCGUUUCUUAAUGAAGAUAUGAGAGAGAGAUAGAAAUAGAGAGAGAAAGAAGGAGAAAGUAGAAAGUUAACCAAUCAAAUUAAAAUUUUUGCCUGAAGGUGACCUAAACUAAAUUCAACAUAGUAUAUGUAUGUUAUUAUACAAAUUAUUAUGAAAGGAUUUAUAAAUCAAUCUUCACACAAAAGUAAACACAGAAUGUUCCAGAGAUGGGACACAGUAACAAGGGGACACAGCUGGAAGUUGAAGACACAGAUGAAUCACAGGGAUGUUAGGAAGUAUUUCUUCAGCCACAGAGUAGUCAGGAAGUGGAAUAGUUUGGGAAGCGAUGUAGUGGAGGCAGGAUCCAUACAUAGCUUUAAGCAGAGGUAUGAUAAAGCUCACGGUUCAGGGAGAGUGACCUAGUAGCGACCAGUGAAGAGGCGGGGCCAGGAGCUUGGACUCGACCCCUGCAACCUCAACUAGGUGAGUACAACUAGGUGAGUACUACUUACUAUGUACUAAAUAAGAAAACAAAAACAAAAUGAAAACUAAGAGUAAAUUAUUUUUUGUCUUAAAACAGUCUUGUCGAAGAGAAGGAAAAUAUAAUCCUACUCACAACCAUAUAUUUUUUUGCAUGAAUAAAAUAGGAAAUUAUGCGACUAGCAGUGUUAAAAAAGGACUAUGAUAUGACCUUCCUGAUUAAUAUAAAAAUAUAAUAAACCUCUA